AUGGCAAACCUUCCUGAGCUUCCCGCUCCUCACUCGCAGCUCGCCAAGUACAUCUCCGAUCACAAAGAUACACCAAUCACUGAGAUACUUGAGCCGUACCGCAAGUAUGAAGCCGAGUUGCGAUCCGUCUAUGCCCAGGAUCGUCAGAAUCCCAUUCUUGACGACCCUUACCUCAACGUGGUUCCUCUCUUUACAGAAGAUACCAAGUUCAUCACUACUCGAGCCAGAAAUCUUGAGGCUGAGUCCGAGGAGGAAAAGUCCAAGUACAUCAUGGCCCUCCCUGAUGAGAAACGUCGCCCUCAUGACUCCCCUGCAACUGUUGCCGACCUGGACGAGUUCCAAAAGAACUUCAACAUCUUUUCGGAGUCAUCAUUGACCGACCUGGACUGGUCAAACGUGGUAGCUGCUGGUUCUUCAGUUGUCAACUGUCUUCUCCCUGUCCCCAAAGAGUUCAACACUACCAAGCGUAAGCUUCGCGAGUACUACCACGAGAAGUUCUGCCCUGCUUCUGAUGUCGACCUAUUUCUUUACGGACUCAAUCACGAUCAAGCCAUCGAGAAGAUCAAGAAAAUCGAACGGGCUGUCAAGGAUGCCCUGCUCAAUGAGGUCACCGUGGUGAGAACCAAGUACGCUAUCACCAUUGCUAGUCAAUACCCCGUUCGACAUAUCCAGAUCGUUUUACGUGUCUACAAAUCGGUUAGCGAAAUCCUUACUGGUUUUGAUAUCGAUGCCGCUGGAGGAGCCUACAACGGCAGCCAGGUUUAUGUUACUCCUAGAGCUCUGGGAAGUUUCAUCACCCAGAUCAACCAUAUCGAUCUUACACGCCGUUCGCCCAGCUACGAAAACAGGCUCUCCAAGUACUCCAAGAGGGCAUUCGAGAUUUAUUACCCCGAUUUUUCGAGGGAGAAAGUUGACCCUACCAUAUUUGAGCGCAGUUUCCGGAGAACCCUAGGCCUCGCUCGUCUGCUUGUUCUUGAAAGGCUACCUACCACUACGGCUCGCGAGACGUAUCUCGACAAGAGAAGGGAGGAGCGAGGUCGUCCUAGGGUCUACAGGCAACAUCAAGUUCUUCAUGGCAACAUCAAAGACUAUCACGAGGACGAGGUCGCUGACUGGUUAUCCGAGGAAGAUGUCAGUAAUUACCAUACCUUCACAGUGCCCUACGGACAACACUUCAACGCUAAGCGGAUCGAGAAGCUCUGCUAUACACGAGAUCUUCUUCUCAAUGCAGAGUGGAACCAGCCCGAUGAGCGAAAAGUGUAUCUGCAUCGCCAUCCUGCAUUCUUUGGGCGUGUCGAGGAUGUUAUCGAAGAUUGCUGCGGCUGCUGCCCCGAACCUGUCACCGAUGAUGAAAAGGAAGUCGCAGAGAAAGAGGGUGAGAUAUACAUCAAAGGCAAAGUCUCUUUCCUGAUCGACGAUCCUGGCCGACAGCAAAUCGGCUCCUUCAACCCCCUAACUGAGAACGAUUGGACGGAUAUGGCGUACGUCGGAAACGUUACCCGGCUUUGUCAGUCCAUCGUCGAUGGCGAUGUCGAAGAUGUAUCAAACUGGCUCAGCCAGGAAGACUCCGAUCCGAACAAGAGGGACUACACUGGUAGGACACCGCUCCACCUUGCUGUCAUGGCGUCAACCCCUGAGGUUGUCAAGUGUCUUGUGGACCAUGGUGCUCGACUUACUGCUCGUCUAGCAGACGGCAAGACUGCUCUUCAUUUGGCUGCUUCACGCGGCGACUCAUCAAUGAUCAAGAUUUUGAUGGAAAAGUCGAUCGAGAAUGAAGAGGCUGAAGAGGAGCGCCAGGACAAGAAGCGUCAGGCAGCAAAGAAAGCUGUGCCUGGCACUAAAGAUGGUGACUUGGAGGACUUUGCUGGAUCUGAGGCUAACGAAGACUCUGAUGGAGAGCUUAUUGAUGGUGAAACCACAGAUGUGGAUUCUGCAUCAAUGACUACAGGGUCUUUUGUGAAGGUCAAGGAUGCUGGAGACAACAAUGAUGAAGAUUUAGUCCCCGACGAGUCGCAAGACGAACCCGAUUUCUUCGACAUUGACGCUCUGGCGUGGGAUCUCCAAUGUUCCCCUCUCCAUCUUGCCAUUGCAGAGGGCAAUGAGGAUGCUGUCAGAACACUUUGCGAUUUUGGAUCCGACUCGAUUAUGCCCGUUAAGUCUCUUACGGACGGCGAUGCUCAGGCAAUCCUCACUUUGGUUCUGGCUUUGUCGCUUCCCAACGACAAGGCCAAGUCGAUGGCCGAUCUCCUUUUGGAACUGGGUGCUACCUCUGCUCAGGCCGACUCCAAAGGGUGCAGUGUCUUUCAUCGCUACGUCGAGGCUGGAGAAGAAGACCUCGUUGAUACACUCCUGGCCAAUGACAAGACAGGUAUCAAGGCAGCCAUCAAUCAUAUGGUCUGCGGCGGGAGCUAUUGGAACUCAGAGGCCAUCGCACCUAUCAGUACCGCUAUUGAGAAUGGUGAUGUCGCCUUGGUACUGAAGCUGCUGACUGCUGGCGCCAAGUCAGAAAUUGACUUCGAUACUUGGCUAAAAUCUGCUAAGGUAUCUAAUAUGAGCGGUAGGCUGGGAGACCUAGAGAGGAAUCAGCAAACGUACAGUGAGGGCGCAGAGCAGCCGUUGAUUACGGCUAUCCGAUUGGGCAACACCGAGAUUGCAAUUAAGCUACUCGAGAAUGGCGCUGAUCCCAAUCCGCUUGAUAUUCCGACUCAUGAAUUGAUCUUCAACGAGUACCGAAGGGACUAUAACAAGGGGCGUUCAGCUCUAGACUUAGUUCAGUCCUCUUUGAAGAAACUCCGGGGUUACAAGGGCGAGAAACGACAGCCAGUGGAACCAAAAGAGACGCCAGGUUUGGAUGAGUUUUUGAACCGUUUCACCGAAGGCACCUAUUCUCAUUGUCUUGUUUCAUGCGAAGUUGAAGGAGAACGAUACAACUUCGUCGAGGGAAAGAAGAAGUAUGAGAAGGAGAUCAAGAAGAAGCGAGAGCCUAAGGGAGUAUCUGAGAAGCGUGAGGCAAUCGGGGAGCUUGUUGCAGGUUUCGAGGCUGUUGAAGAGGCUUUGAUAAGCCGAGGUGCCAAACCCUUCACAGAGCUGCGCCCUGACAUCAAGACAAAUGGCAGGGAAGACAGUUCUAGUCGAAACAGCAGAAGAACAGACGACAAGGACCCGAAACCUUUCGAGUAUCGCUUCUCCUUUAACAACGAUCGCGAUAUGACCGAAAGGAGAAGAGAUGGUUACAUUGAACUGAUGGAAGCUGCCUGGGUUGGAGAUCUUGACAAGAUCAAGCAACUAUCACUCCAAGCAUGGGGCCCAGAACAGGGCCAGGCACCAUUGAAGAUCGCCGUCUCUGAUAAUAAGGGCAAUACCCCCUUCUCUAUCGCGGUACUUCGAGGGCAUUACGACGUGGCCAAAGCCUUGCUUGAGAUUGUGAAAGCACAAUGGUCUCCGCCCAAGAAGGACAAGAUCCGAUUCAGAAUGGACACUGGCGAUGAUGACGAUGAGGAAUACAGUGAAGAUUCUGACGAUUCCGAUGGCUCUCAGAACGGCGAACCACGAAUCGUGUCUGAGAAGGUGCAGCAGCAGUUCACCAUUGACAAUAUUGGCCAUGUUGACUUGAACGUUGAGUCUCAUACCAAGCCUCUGCAAGUCAUAUGCCAAUUAGUGCCAACCCAGUGGUCAGUCAAGAACGAGAGGCUCUUCUAUCAUUGGAUCAACACCAGCCUUAUCAUUCAUAUGUUGGUAGAAGACAACAUGACCGGGCUCAAGUUUCUCUUGGAUCUGGCGCAGCAUUAUUCGAGCCAGAAAUUCGAAGGCGAUGACGGAGAGGACGAUGACUCGCCUACAGGUUUUGUUUUUCCGCAAGACGGCUUCAAGUACGCCGUCGAUCAUGGCAAAACAAAAAUGCUUGCCUUGAUUAUCAAACAGACAGGUGCAGGGAUUCCACUCGACCACCUUGUCAAGAAGAGCGGCGUGGAGUUGAACCGAAAGCCGCGUUAUUACCAAGGAUUGACUGUGUAUGGAAGAAAGAGGAAGGACUGGGCCACUGCUGGACGUGGCAUGGUUACCAGGAGCAGCGGUCCAAGAACACCGCCUCUUCUUUAUGCCGCUCUCGCUGGUAACCUAGACAGCGUUGAGUUUUUCCUGGGAGAUGCUCCACACAGGCUGUACAGCGAGUUUGCUAAAUCUAAGGCCUCCAAGGAGGACUAUCGAUUCAAGCAUUUGAAGGAGAGCCCUGGCGGUUUUGACCGUGCGAUCUCAAAGUGGCUUGGAGCUGACAAUGAUCUUGUGAUCCAUUGCGCAGUCUUGGCUGAUCCUAGCGAAAAUGCAAACGAGGUACUCGAGUUCCUCACCGAAGCAUUCCCAGCCGCAAUUGAGAAGAAGAACACGGAAGGCGACACACCUCUUAUGGUAGCUUGUCGUCUUGGACGAAUCCAAGCUGUCAAGAUCUUGUUAUCAGCCGACGCCGACCAAUCUGCCCGCAACCAGAAGGGCGAGAACAUUCUACAUGUAGCGCUCGCAUGCAAUCCCAAGGACUACCAGCUCCGCGAACUUUUGGAUCUCCUUGACACCGACCUCCGAAGCCACCUUUUCCUACAGAAGAAGAACCUGACCGAGAAUGGAACCACGCCUAUGCAUGCAUGGGUUUCUCAAGCCUCGGGGGUUCAACCUGACAAUUCCAACUCCUACCAUAGGCGCAACUAUUAUGGAUAUAGAGGGGCAUACGAUGGCAAGGAGCAGGAGAUGAUCCGGAUGCUCAACCUCCUUCUCGAAUACUCCAAGGGCGACGAACUGGAGAUGCUCAACGGAGCCGGUGAUACAUGUCUUCACACUGCAAUCAUGAUGGACAUGAUUGCCCUGACUCAAGCCUUGAUCAAGUUCAGACCAAGUCUAGUGUACCGAGAGAACGCCGUUGGUCGAACUCCGGCUGAGCUGGCCCAUGACCGACUCACUAGCCAAAAGUUCGAGAUGCCUAGCAGCCCUAGUCGAAGCCAAAAGGAUCGUGCCAGGGAUGUCCUUAGAGAUGACCCUGAGAAUUUUAUCCGUGAGAUCGAAAUCGAGGCCCAUACCCCGGAGCAAAGGAGGGAGUUUCUUGAAACUCUUGGGCUCAGCGACAAUUACAAGGCGAGCGAAGCCUCUUUGCUUCAGAUCUCCAUGGGCAUCAAGAAGCAGCGUUCAAACAAGAGUCUCGAUGACAAGACUGUUGGGAGAAUCUUGUGGGAUCUCUGCCGCACGGCGAUGCAGAAUCACCCUGGAAAACGCCGCUUGGUGACUUUGAACGAAGCUAACGAUGUUGCCAAGAGACUGGGCGAGAAGUACUCAGCAUCUAGAUAUUUCAGCGUCCAGGCUCGAGUUGAGGACGGAGAGGAGGACCCCGAGGAGGAUGAGAACAACACAACUGUUGAUUUUGCAGUUCAGCAGAUGAAUUCCUGUCUGUCCUUGGCUUGGCAUGAGAACAAGCAGCCUGGGGAGGGAAGGGAUUCCUCGUCAAGCGAUAGCGAUGAGUAG